AAACUCCACCACGCGCCGUCUGUGUUAAACACUCCACCACAGGAUCGUUACGUGCAGAGACUGACCUGCGGGUUCAGAAGGGUUCAGACCAGACUUGUUUCCACCUGAUCUCGCGCUUCACCGUCAGAGGGAUAUAAAAACAUCCACCAUGCCUUCUCUGCGACACUCCUACACGGUGACGGUUCCGGAGCAGCCGGCCGCUGUCCCCUUGGACAAAAUAGACCUGCGGAGCAAGAACCCGUCGUUGUCCCGGUCCGCGCUGGUGUCCACCAUCAAGGGUCUAAUCAUCAACCCGGCCAAGAACAAGAGUCCUCAGGGCCUGGUGGGUUUGAAAAACCUGGGAAACACGUGUUUCAUGAACUCCAUCCUCCAGUGUCUGAGCAACACCUCAGAACUGAGGGACUACUGCCUUAGAAACGGCCAUCACACAGACCUCAACAACAACAUUAGGACAGCUCUCAUGGAAGAUUUUGCAAAGCUGACUCAGAGACUGUGGACCACCGCAAGCAAUGAGGCCAUCAGCCCCUCUGAUUUCAGAAGCCAGAUCCAGAGGGUUGCUCCAAAAUUUGUUGGCUGCAAUCAGCAGGAUGCUCAGGAAUUCCUGCGCUUCUUAUUGGACGGCCUUCAUAAUGAGGUGAACAGAGUGACGAUCCAGCCAGCGGUGUCCAUCCAGGACUUUGACCACCUAUUGGAUGAUGAAAAAGGAAGGAGAAUGUGGAACAUGUACUUGGAAAGAGAAGACAGCAAAGUUGUGGACCUCUUUGUAGGACAGCUGAAAAGCUCUCUAACCUGCACCGUUUGCGGCUUCCGCUCCACCGUGUUUGACCCCUUUUGGGACCUGUCGAUACCAAUUGCAAAGAAGAACUCAGGCGAAGUGACUCUCAAAGACUGUUUAAAACUCUUCACAAAAGAAGAUGUGUUGGACGGAGAGGAGAGACCGACAUGCAACAAAUGCAAAGCCAGAAGAAAAUGCACCAAAAGGUUCAGCAUCCAGAAGUUCCCUCAGAUUCUUGUGCUCCAUCUGAAGCGCUUCUCAGACUCAAACGUCCGAGUCAGCAAACUCUCCACCCAUGUCGACUUUCCUGUCAAAGAUCUGGAUUUGAGGGAGUUUUCUGCAGACAGCAGCGAGCGUCCCGUGUAUAACCUGUAUGCAGUAUCCAACCACACUGGAAACACCCUGGGAGGCCAUUACACAGCCUACUGCAAGAACCCGGCACUGGGGGAGUGGUAUAGCUUCAAUGACUCCAGGGUGAGCCCAAUUCCCUCCAACCAGGUUCGCAGCAGCAACGCCUACGUCCUUUUCUACGAGUUGGCCGCCUCCUCGCACAACAAAUAUCAGAUCUGUCGGCUGUAGCUGUGAAGAGGAGGCUUGGUAAGCUGUAGCUCGACUGGGCCUGAAGAUGUGUUCAGAUGCAGGGAGAGACCGCCAUCUAGUGGAGGGAGUCCUGCCAUUACAUACGGAGAAUGACAGGUGUGUGGCUGAAGACGAAGCAUCUCCUGACCUUCAUGUCAGUGAAAGUAAAAAGUGGAAAACCCAAAGCUCAUAUGUUGGGUGGAGCUAAAACAAAACAGCUGAGUUAAAACUUUGAAACUCAGAAAAAAGACCUUUUACAGCCAUUUCUGGACCUGAAUUUCUACCUACUCAUGUCUAAAUGUGCAUUAGUGAGAACUGGUCUCACACAUGAGCUGCAAUACAUAAUUUAUUCUAUUUAAUAUGAUGUUUGCACUUUGGAGCGGGACUGUAUAUGUAAUUUAAAUAAGAUUUUUGGCUCCACCAAUAGUGAGAGGAUGUUUUAUGUAAACUUGCAUCUUAUUUUUGUACAGUAUUUAUAGACCUUGCAGCAAUUUUACUGUGGGAAAACACACCAAAGCAGCUGUGAGAUAUGAUGUUGCUGACUUUACAUACAAGUCAUUUCAAAGCCAAUAAAUCAAUUAAAUUAAUCUUUUACUUGU